ACCAGUCUGAUUGGGAGAUUUUUUUGAGUCACCGUUUUGCCUUGUUUACAUUUAAUGUAAUUUGUGCCAGAUAAAUCUCAUUUGAUUUUACCCAACUCAAGUGGCAAGAUGUGCUUUUGUUGUUCACUUAGUCUAUAGUUUGUCCACGUUCUUUUCGUUUAGUUAUAUUCAAAAAUAAGCCAGCAAUUAACCCACUAAAAUGUCUGAUCGUCGUGGCAUAAAAGUUGGAACUGGUACGAAGGCUUUGGAGUACUGGUGCCGAGUGGUGACCCAAGGAUAUAAAGGAGUCAAGGUGGAGAACAUGACCACUUCCUGGCGAAAUGGACUUGCCUUCUGCGCCAUUAUACAUCACUUUCGACCGGACCUGAUAGACUUCGACCGACUGAGGGCAGAUGAUAUCUAUGAGAACAAUGAUUUGGCCUUUACAACGGCCGAGAAAUACUUGGGAAUUCCCGCACUGCUGGAUGCAGCUGACAUGGUUUCGUAUGAAGUACCUGACAGACUCUCCAUACUAACGUAUUUAUCCCAGUUUUACAAGGUGCUGGGCAAGAGCCUGAAGCAUCCGAAGCCAGAGGAGCCACUUGGCGAGGAGAGUGAGCCUCCGCAGAAGGUGAUGCACAUUGUUGGAAUGCCCCGACGUGAUAAGUGCCAGAAAUGCGACCUUCCCGUUUUUCUCGCCGAAAGGGUCCUCGUUGGCAAACGGGCUUAUCAUCGCACAUGCUUGAAAUGUGCGAGAUGUUCCUCAUUACUCACACCCGGGAGUUUUUAUGAAACGGAAGUCAAUAAUAUAUACUGUUGCGAGACUUGCCCCGAUGAAGAAAGUGAACCGGAAUCUGACAUUAUUAAAUUAAAGACAACCACGGCUGAUUCUACUAAUGAUCAGCAAAUGGUGGCAACAAAUUCUGAUUACUCUGAAGAUAAACAAGAAGAAGUGGAAGAUAACGAUAUACGUACUGCUGAUAAGCCUGAAAUCAGUCAACCGCCGUCCAACAAAGAUGAACAAAAUAAUGAAAUAACUAUUAGUCCAGUAAAGCCUAUCUUAUCAGAGGAACCCAAAAUCUCUUCUGCUCCACUAGACGAAGAAGAUGGUGGCCUUCUUGAGCAAAAUGAUCAACCAACAAAUAGUCCUGUUAAGCCCGCUAUACCAGAGAAACCAAAAAUUUUUACUCUUCCGCUUGGCGCACAACAUGGUGACCUUGAACAAAACAAUGAACUGGCUGUUAGUCCUGAAAAGCCUGUGCCACAAGCGGAAGCUAAGGUUUCUACGAUUUCAGUAGAUCUAAAAGAUGACAGCCUUGUUGUAGAUGCAAUACCCCCCGAUAGUUUAGAUAAACCAGAACCUAUUAGUUCCAACAAUACACCAGAUGUACUCAUUCCACAAUCACAAGAAGAUACAAUUCCCGAAAUGGACACUGAAGAAGCCAUUAAACCAGAAGACAUUAUAAGCCCUCCUACAGAAAAUGAAAUUUUCUCAGAAACAGAAAGCUGCUCUAAGCAGGAAGGUGAUAUCGCAAAAGAAACGGAUCUCGGGUCUCCCAAGGAGAAAGUUAAUGAGACAAAAGCAGCUGAAGCUGACUACCCAGAGGACUUAAAUCCUUUUAAAGAUGAUGAUGAUUUAUCCAAAGGUGCAAAUCCAUUUGACAGCUCCGACGAUGAAGUGGAGCUUCUAAAAUCCAUUCCAUCCCAACAAAGCAGAGGCACAAUAUUAAAAAGAGACAAAGUCGUACCGCCCCGUCCACCGCCACCUAAAAUUGGCCUAGCCAUUCCCAAACCGUCAGAGGAACCACAUUCCAGCCCCACACUUUCGCAAGGAAAAAAAAUGCCAAUGCCAACACCUAGAAUAUCUAUAUCAAAAGCCCAGACUCCAGCAAAACCAAUGCAUCAAGGCCAGAAAAGUAAUAUUUCCUCUUCAUCUUCGGAGCAUUUGGAUAACAUGAGAACGUUCGAUCGCGGAGCAGAUGAUCGUGGCUCAAGCAUCUCCUUGCCAUCUACAAAUGGGCCUCGCAAGCCACUUCGUGCCUCAAUGGGGAGUCCACUCCGAAGCGAAGAAUCGAGUCCCACCACCAGUCUUAGCUCUAUUACUUCCCCGAUGCGGAAGAAACGCCAGGCACCUUUGCCCCCAAAACAGACGGACUUUGAGAGUGAUCCUGGAUUUUCAAAGUUAUCGGACGAACAAAAGGCACGACUGCACACUCAGCACAAGGCACCAAGUCUUGGCGAUUCAACUAGAAGAUUAAUACCACUUGACCAGAGUUUGCUAUCCGAUGAGGCAACCGAGUCGAGUAAUUACGAAGAGAGCUUAAGCACAUCCAAUGCCGACGAGGAGGUAAAUGUGGUAUACCGGCGCAUUUUGGUGCCGCCAACUCAGCCCGAAAGCACUAUUGAACGAAGCAAAGAGGAUCAAAAGUCGCCUAUUGUUUAUAACGACUUUGAUAUAAACGUAAGCCCCUUGGGGCACAAUAAAUCCACUCAUGGGAAAUGGAAGAGGCGAAAGGGACCAGCUCCUGCGGUUCCAAUACCACCACGCAAAGUCUUACAAAGGCUUCCGCUGCAAGAAAUUCGCCACGAAUUCGAAAUUAUUGCCGUACAACAGCUGGGUCUGGAGAAACAAGGCGUUAUUCUGGAGAAAAUGAUUAGGGAUCGCUGUGAGCGUUCCUUGGACGCCGCCGAAGCUGAUGGUCCCGAAUCCGCAGAAGUACUGACCAACUCAAAGGAAGUGGAAGAUCUUAUAUUGCAACUGUUUGAGCUGGUCAACGAGAAAAACGAAUUGUUCCGCAGGCAAGCGGAGCUGAUGUACCUUCGCCGCCAGCAUCGCUUGGAACAGGAGCAAGCGGACAUAGAGCAUGAAAUACGAGUAUUAAUGGGGCAACCGGAGCACAACAAAACGGAUUCGGAUAAAGCCCAUGAGGAAGUAUUAAUUAAUCGCCUUGUGAAGGUGGUUGAAAUGCGUAACGAAGUAAUUGAUAGCCUAGAGACUGACCGGGUUCGCGAGGCGCGAGAGGAUAUGAGCAUCAAGAAUCGACUCCAUAUCUACAAUUCCGAGCGCGAGGAACCACAAGGCGAUCCGAAAAGCGCUGAUAAAUCAUCCAAAAAGUUGUCCAAAAAGGAGCGAAAAAAACUUAAGGAGGAAAAUAAGUUGGGCAAGGGCAAAAAGUCAGAUCUCGAUAAGGACGUCGAUGAGUCUGAACAGGCACCAGCUUUGGAAAAAGUUAAAAAGAAGCGAAACUUGUUCUUUCUGAAAAUGUAGGGGGAAAAGUUUGUGCGUGUCGAACAAUUUAAAUUUAUUUUAUAUACAUUUGUAACAUAUUAAGUUUAUAUU